AUGGCGUGCUCUGCUUUGGUUACAGCGACGACGCCGCCAAUCCCGAGUCUCUGCUGCCGUGCGCCACAUCAGCUGUCUCCGUCGGCGCGGCCGUACCAGUCGGGCCGCGUCAUCCUGGUGCAGUGGUCACCGCCGCCUCGUGGUUGGUUCAAGCUAAACUUCGACGGAUCCGUCUACCACGACGGCUCGGCGCGAGCGAGCGUCGGCGGCGCCAUCCGCGACAGCGCCGGCCGUGUCGUGCUCGCGUUCGCCGAGCCCACGGAGCACUCCACCGUCGGCAUCGUCGAGGCGCGCGCCAUGAUCCGCGGUCUCCGCCUUGCGCUUGGGCUCCGCCUGCAGCGGCUCGUGGUCGAGGGAGACGAUCUCGUGCUCGUGCAGCUGCUCCGUGGCGAGGAGACGCAGACACGGAUCCCUGUGGCGUUGCAGGAGGAGAUCCGAGGGCUGCUUCGCUGCUUCUCCGGGUGCGACGUGAGGCACGUGUAUCGAGAGGGGAACCAGGUGGCGCACACCCUCUGCCGCCAGGCCUACCAUUGCCCCGGAGUGUGGGCAGGGAUCGUGCCGUCGGUCGUGUUUGACAAGGCCGAAGAAGAUCGACGUGGCGUGUUGCACGAGCGUGCUGUGGUGGUUCGGUGA